AUGGAGCAGAAAGCGAAUAUGCUAAACUGGAUCACGGCAAAAACGUGGGGUCUUAACUUCACAAAUACUAAAUUUAUUUACGAAGCAGCAAUAGAACCAGCUAUCCUUUACGCGGUUCAAGUGUGGAAGGAGGCACUCGAUAAUAUUCACAUGAAGAAAAACAUAACAUCUAUUCAAAGAAAAUUUGCUAUUAAAAUUAACAAGGCGUAUAACACCGCACCAACUAGUGCUCUUCAGAUUAUGGGCGACCUUCUUCCAAUACACCUCAGGGCCAAAUACCUAAUUUGGAAAUGGCACCUCACAACAACGAACCAACAAAUCGAUCAUCACUUUCCUGAAGACGAAGAAAUAUAUACAGAGUUAAAAAGGAACAACUCGAUCAUUGAUUUAAAUAACAAAAACUAUGGAAUUGAUAGAAACCUAAAGAAGAACGAAUAUACUACACAUCCGGCAGAAGAAUCAAAUUAUUGCAUACACUGGGAGGAAAAAGCUGACACAGAAAUUAAAACAACUUGGAAAAUUUACACUGACGGAUCCAGGAGUGACAAAGGGACAGGAGCGAGUUUUAUAAUUAAAAACUCCAAGGACAGAACUGUAUAUCAGUGCUAUUUUAAACUAGGAUCCCACUGUACUAACUCCCAAGCUGAGUUAUAUGCAAUUCUUAAAGCAAUUAAUCAUGUAGAAAACAACAUUGACAUAUUUAAAGGUAAUAUUUACAUUAUGACGGACAGCAAAACUUCUCUUCAUAGAUUAAUUAACAGGAAUCGAAUCACGAUCUUAUCAAGAAAAGUCCAAGAGGCAGCCAAGCUACUAAGUUCUAAACGAAAAAUAACUUUUGCAUGGGUUAAGGGACACAGUGGUAACGACGGGAAUGACAUGGCCGAUAAACUGGCCAAACUUGGUGCAAGUAGUGACAUAAUACCAUCAUACAACGACGUUUCUCUCACUACCCUCAAAAACUAUCUUCUCUCGUUGAUCAAUACUAUCUGGCAGCGGGAAUGGGAGACCGCUGAAACGGGUAGAAACUGCUUUCAGUUUAUCCCAUCGGUGAACAUCAGAAAAAAGGCCAACUACUACAAACCAAACAAGUUUACCACUCAAGUUAUUCUAGGCCACGGUAACUUCCCUGCUUACUUACACAGAUUCAGCAUAAAGGACAACAACUUAUGUGAUUGCAACAAUAGUGAUAUUGGUGACGCGAUCCAUUUUGCCUUUCACUGUGAAAAAUACAGCAAUCAACGAUCAGAACUUUUCUACAACUACCUACUAAAGAACCCUUCUUGGCCACCAAAACCGGUGAACAUUUACACUGACAAAAAUCUCUGGAAAAUCUUCGAGGACUUUAUCAUCAAGACUGAAGCUUUAAAAGAACAUUUUAACAACAGUGAAAACAGACAUUACCCAGACGAUAGUGACAACAUGGUGGAACACUCAUCAGAAGAUGAAUUUCUCCAGAGAGGAUCUUCGUGA